AUGGACCGAUCCUUUCGAGUUGAAUCGUUACUUAGUGAACAACCGAAAAACUUACAUCCGAGUGCAAACUUGGCUCUUCCUGCUAUGAUGCCUUAUCAGAGCUACUUUAAUCUGUUUUCGUGGAAUUUGGCCCAGCAUAAUCCUCACCUAGUGUAUCCACACAUGUUUGCUGCAGAACCCAGGCACUUGCCUAAGGCUCCAGUACGACCUGAACCUUCAAAGCCACUGGGAGUCCGGCCACAUUUUCCUCUAACUCAUCCGAUAAGUGCCCCUGUUUUACCACCAGUGCUUCCCCCAGCGAUUUCCCCAACGAGUAGCAACAGCCGGGAAUCGAGUCCCACUCCCCAGGAUCAAAACAGUGGAAACGAAGACGCCCUGGCAUCCUGCAAAGACUCAAGUAAGAGAAUCAGAACUGCCUAUACCAGCCAUCAACUUCUUGCACUGGAGAAUGAAUUCAGAAACAAUAUUUACCUCACGAGGAUGAGAAGAAUAGAGAUAGCGAAUAGACUGCAGCUGUCUGAGAAGCAAGUGAAGAUCUGGUUCCAGAAUCGUAGAGUGAAACGCAAGAAGGACGAAUGUUUUGGAUCAGGAAGCCCGAGUUCUUCGGAUAAGAGCUGUUGUUGCCAGAGGAAUUGCAGGACUUCGAAAAAAAGUUUUAGUUGUGAAGACGUGGAUAUUGAUGUAAUUAAGGUGGACGAUUUCGAAAACUGA